UGUUGUGUUACACUUCCUGUUGUACAGGCUAGGAGGCCACAGCGCCCGUUUUCGCAUUCACCUGCGGACUCAGAGAACACCUCGCAACGGCCCAGGAGCGCCGCCAAUAUGACCAGCCCCAGCUUGCCGACCUUCACCCUGCUAGCCUGCCUGCUGUUGCUGCCGCUGCCCCGGGGCAGCAGGGUCGCCGUAGCUGAAGAAUGCCAGCGCAACUUCGAGCUGGGUCGGGAAGACUUCGUCCUGGAUACAGACGAUUCUGUGGCGGCGGGCGCCACCUUCCUGAGUUCGCCCAACGUGAACCGCGCCCGCGACUGUCUGCGGCUCUGCUGCCGCCUCCGAGACUGUAAUGUGGUCCUGCUGGAGGACAUGGCCGGCCAGUCCACGGUCGAGCCCAUGUACCGGACCAUCAAGGGCUGCUUCCUCUUCAACUGCCUCUACAACAAGGACUACGUCUGCCGGUUCUUCAGGAGGGCUGGUUUCAGCAACUUCAUCCUCAGGGAUGUCUACAAAGAGUACCUCAAGCCCAGGUCACCUGAAGAAGGUGACAAACUGCCAGUGGCAAAAGCAGGAAGAGACCGAAUUGUACAGCCAAAUGAGGAAGUAACUCUGAGUGGGCUGGAGAGCAGAGAUGACUAUAAUAUUAACAGUUUUGAUUGGGAUCUUGUCCAGGGAGAUCCUUCAGUGAAGAUAACGCGGACUAAAAAUCGAGAUGAAGUGGUGGUUUCAAACCUGAAGGUGGGGGAUUACACCUUUCAGCUGACUGUCACAGACACGGCUGGUCAGAAGACGACGGACAACAUGAUCAUAACUGUCCUCUCGCCAGAUCAAACAGUGGAGUACUGCAAUGCUCAGCGUAAAGUGGGGCCUUGCCGUGGAGCCUUUCCUCGCUGGUAUUACGAUGCCUACACCAAGUCCUGCAAGAAAUUCACUUAUGGUGGCUGCAAGGCCAACCAGAACAACUUUGUGGACCAGAAGGAGUGCGAACAAGCCUGUGGCGGGGUCAGAGAUGAUGCCAAGUCCUCACGCAGAUCAGAUCUUCCACGCUGCACCGGAGAAUGCACUGAGCAGCAGUUUAAGUGCGCAGACAACUGUUGCAUCGAUCGUAACCUGGAGUGCGAUGGAACUUCCCAAUGCAGAGAUAGCUCAGAUGAAUCUGGCUGUGAACACAUAAGAGACCGAUUCAAUAGGCUGUUGGACAUAGACAUCCCUAAAGAGAAAGCUCGCUGCAUCUACCCUCCGGAGACUGGCCCCUGCCGAGCAGACUUAAGCUUCUUCUACUACAACCCCUUCAGCAAGUCGUGUGAGCGCUUCACAUACGGAGGCUGUUUUGGCAACGAGAACCGUUUCCAGGAGGAGAGCAAAUGCAUGAAAGCUUGCCGAGGAGUGUCAGAAAAAGAAGUAUUUUACCGAAGUGCUUUUGAGAGGCAGGAGCAAGAAAAAUCUUCAAAUGCUGGCAUUGCCAUAGCUGUGGUUCUUGCCAUUUGCAUCACUGUGGUUCUUGCCAUCCUGAUCUACUACCUGCUGAAAAUGAAGAAGCAGAGUCGACAUCAAGCAGGCCCAGUCAGUUCCACCAGCUCCACCAUUGAGGAGGCGAAGAGACUGAUGCACAUGUAAUCGAAGCCCGUCUGAUGUGUGAGGUUCCGACGCCUCCAAUGCCAUUAAAUACUUUCGGUUAGGGGAAGGUCCAACGGGUGGGAAGGGUUUGAAACUGAUGGGUUCCUUUUUAUAGGUAAAAUACUUUUACCGUGCCUGGAUUUCAUGUUUCAAUGGUAUACCAGUGUGCCUCCAUUUAUCCAGUUGCCAGAGAUAUUUCCACACACCUCUAAGCUGAAUAAUGGUUUUGACUCUGCACUGGAUAAGCACCUCUUUCAUUUCUUGUUUUUAAAUGAUUACACACUCCAUUUAGUAUCCAGUUGGACCAUAAAAACCACAGACUUGCCCUGCAGUGGGCUUACAGGCUCUUCUAGCGUUUCUUCUGAUUGUCUGGUUUCAGGAGGGAGGAUCCUGAGCCAUGUUUACAGCAGAAAUACUGUUUCAGGGAUUCAGGGUGUAAGAUUUUGAGGCUGUUGGGAUGUCACUGUGGCCUCUGCAUUGUUGCUAAUAAUGCUCUAGUUUACCUUUCAAAAUGAUUGCCGCAUGGCUAAGCUGAAACCCCUCAUGGUUUCUCAAGGUAAAUGCUCCCUCAUUCCCAUCCUCCUGAUGUUCCUUAAUCAUCCUCUGGCUGGCCCACCAUAAUUCUGCUCCCUUUGGCACUCCCUAAACCCUCUGACUCCUUCUGUUUCUGCUUCCUAAUUCCCAUUCCUCUGACAUUUCCCAAUCCCCAAACCUCUUACUCUCCUGAUCGCUGUUCCCCUAAACUUCCCAAAUCCUUAUUUCCAUACACCUGGCCAUCCUGCCCCCUCGACACUUGCCCCAUCUUAGCAUCUCCUCUCUCCCUCCCUUCCUUCCUUUUUACUGGGUCUCUUCUUGCCUCUGUUCUAUAAUUUGGUCUCCAUGGGUCAGCUCCUGGUUCUUUGCUUGGCAAAUAACGCUGCUGAGUCCAUUUCACAGUGCGCCUGGGGGACCUUGGCAUACAACUAGUUUAACUGGUGGUUAAUAAUGUAAUAACCCCAAGAAAUUCUGACAUUUGCCCAUAGAGAAGCGGGUUGAGAAUGGGACGACAGGAAAAUGCACAAUGAGAAAUAUUCUGUAUGUACAUUUUAUUUUCUCGGUUUUUUUUUAGUUGAACUGGAAGAGCUGAUAGUCAGUUUUUGGGCUUCGCAUGAGGGAAAAUUAGGGUUAAACCAGCCCACCUGCUCAUCAAGGACAGAAUACCAUAAUGGUCAGCAGACUAAUAAUUAGUUCCCCUGUGGGUGACACUGUGUUCCUUCUCAUUGCCAUAUUUUUGAAGUGGUCUUAAAUACAGAGCAUAUUCUUGCUUUUAUUUAGGCAACUGGAUAUCUUAUAAACCCUACUACACUCACAUAGAAACAUAGGUGCAGGAGUAGGCCAUUUGGCCCUUCGAGCCUGCACCUCCAUCCAGUAUGAUCAUGGCUGAUCAUCCAACUCAGAACCCUGUACCUGCUUUCUCUCCAUACACUCUGAUCCCUUUAGCCACAAGGGCCAUAUCUAACUCCCUCUUAAAUAUAGCCAAUGAACUGGUCUCCACUGUUUCCUGUGGCAGAGAAUUCCACAGAUUCACCACUCUGUGUGAAGAAGUUUUUCCUCAUCUCGGUCCUAAAAGGCUUCCCCUUUAUCCUCAAACUGUGACCCCUUGUUCUGGACUUCCCCAACAUCGGGAACAAUCUUCCUGCAUCUAGCCUGUCCAAUCCCUUUAGAAUUUUAUACGUUUCAAUAAGAUCCCUCACAGUCAAGCUACUCGUGUCUGUACUUAGUUAUUGGAGAUAAUUUUAUCCUAUUGGCCUAAAAUUAAACACCCUCAAUCCUAAGAAAAGUUGGUGGAAUGACGAUAUACUACCCCAUCCUGAACAAUCGUAUGCUGGUGAUUAUAGGUGUCUAACAGUUAAAUGUAUUUGACUAAUUGCUGCAGGUUAAUGGUUAAUUUUCAUUCUACUCAUUUUACCUAUUACACAUUGAUAGCCCCUCUCUCUCCUGUAUUGCCAGAAUGACAGUCUAAAAGUAACUCCUUGCCCCUAUAGUUGUGCAAAUGAAACACAACCGAAGUAUGUCUCUAAUCAAGCUCAGUUAUCUCGAUGAUUUGUGUCUGCCCUUUGUCAUUUGUACUGUCACUUACUGACUGCCUGUUAUGCCGCUGGCAUUUAGGGCAGCAAUGAAGAUCCUUCAUCUUUGUCUGUGUGGACGGAUUCUUCAUUGCUGUUUCCCUAACUAUUGUUUUUUGACAAGUCAGGGUUGUCAGUUCUGAGCUGAACCCCCGAACCUGGAGGGUCAGUGGACCACUCUUCACCUAGCCUCUAUCCAUUGACCUCUUUGGCAUGGGUAACCCGACCAAGAGCCAAAGCACAGGGCCCUGACUCCAGCCAACAUAACACUCCGGGUCAUUGAGACAUGAAAGCCUCCAAGCCCUAUGACAAGGUUGUGCUCCUCUUGGAGGGUGCUGCUGUGAAUUGGAAGAAGAAUCAAAAACCAUAGGAGAAGAGGUCAAGAAAUUUCAGUUUGAAGAGAAGUUGUGCAAAGGUGUAGGGUUGGCCAAUCCUGGCAAUGCAAAGUACGGCCUGGCAAGUGUGAAUCAAUGAGAUUUUGAACAAUCUUCAUUGGUGUUAAGAAAUCUUGUGCCAGAUUCUAACUGCCAACCGAUGAAUGCGAUGCAGGAUGCGACUCUUGGUGAACAGUGUGCUUUUACAGCAAUGUAUUUGCUCUUCAGACAGUCUGCUUAAAUAGUGCUUUGUAGCAAAAGGCCUACAGAGUCUAGCUAAAAUGAACUUCUCUACUACAAACAAAAAUAGAAAGCCAUUCAGCUACAUCUGAUUAAAUGCAAGAUGACCUCUCCAGCAAACACAAGGAAUGAAGGCAGAUUACCUGAUACAAAGAAGGUAAGAAAAAGCAAACCCAGCCACUUAUAGAUGAUGCAAUUGAUCUAAGAAUCGCAAUCAUUGCCCUUCUGACCACAAGUAAUGGUAUCACUAUCUGUAACCAUGCCAUAAUUACACAGAGUAACGUUUGCCAGAGCUUUCAGUUAACAAAGAAAAUUUUGGUUUGCGUUCAUAAAAGUUGCAGGUUUGAGGUAACAUUAGCAAACAUAUUUCUGUGUUUUCUUUUGUAAAAUUUCUGACUUCUGAGUAUUCAGAUUUUUUUUGAGAUUGAACUGUCAAAUUGUGAAUUUAUAUUUUAAUUUUUGCUUCCAACUUUAAUGUUUGUAUUUAAUAAAUAUAUAUUUCUAGUCUAGGAAUCUGCAUGCAGUGUGUGUUUUCUUUGCAAACGUUUGAUACCUUGUUGAAGCUGUGUCUGGACUGCUUGCACUUUUGCUUCUGUGUUGAAGGUUGUGGGUUCAAGUCCUCCCUCCAGCAAUACGCAGAUAAUAACCUCUGGAGAUGCCAUCUCUCAGCUGAAAGUGAAAACAGUGGGCUGUAUACCUUUCCAGAUAAUGCUAAUCAUUCUGUGGUCAUUCUUGUAUAUAAAAAAAAGAAGAGUUGGAGAAUUGUCCCCAACAUACUGGCCAAUAUUAAUCUCUCACCAAUAAUUUUGUCAACAGUUGACUUGGUUGACGUACAUUGUAAACUACCAUAUUACAGCAUUUCAGAAUUGACUUUCAUAAAAAAUAAAGGCCGCUUUAGCUAUGUUCAAGUCAUGAAGGAUGCUUGAUAAUAAAAACAGAAAAACGUGUA